GCAGACUGUGCGUCGCCAAUCAUCCUGAAUGCUGGACACGGAUUUGAGACGCGGCAAAAGUGACGCGGGGUCCACCAUGACGGACUACGAGCGCCUCAAACGGGCGUGCAUCAAACGCGGGGAGCUGUGGGAGGACCCGGACUUCCCCGCCACGCAGACGUCCGUCUUCUACCACCAGACGCCGCCGUUUCAGUUCCAGUGGAAGCGACCCAAGGAGUUAUGCAGCCGGCCCGUGUUCGUCCACGACUCGCCCACACAGUUCGACAUCGUGCCCGGAAAAAUGGAAUUGCAUGAAAAGCGGAUGAAGGGGAGCAGUGAUCGGGCCUCUCGCGCUGCAGGAAAUUGGAAGCGCGGUGCGGAGGAAGAACCGAACCAGAUGUAGUUCCGGUCGCACUGGGUGGCGGACGGACGGGCGGCAGCGCACA